AUGGAACUGUUCCUGAUGUGUGGACUGCUGCUGAUGGCUGGUGUCACUCCAGCCCAGGGAGGGCUCCUGAACCUGAACAAGAUGAUCAGGAAGGUGACUGGGAAGAUACCCCUCUUCUACUACUGGCCCUAUGGUUGUCACUGUGGAAUUGGUGGUAAAGGACAGCCCAAAGAUGCCACAGACUGGUGCUGCCAGAAACACGAUUGCUGCUAUGACCACCUGAAGACCCACAAGUGCAGGGCCAUGAUGGACAAUUACAAAUACAACAUUUCCCGGGGCGCUGUCCAGUGCUCUGACAAGGGGAGCUGGUGUGAGCAGCAGUUGUGUGCUUGUGACAAGGAGAUAGCCGAGUGCCUGAAGCAAAACAUCGACAGCUACAACAAGCGCCUGCGUUACUACUGGCGGUCCCAUUGCCAGGGCCAGACCCCUACAUGCUAGGAGAGCCUGCCCAUCCUGGCCUGUCUGUCCCCUGGCAUCUAUCCCGGUCCAGGCCAUCCAGCCCCAGUGUGUAGCCACCUGGACCAGCUGGUUUUUAAAGCCCUCCCUGGGUCAAGGGGCCUUGGCCUCUCCCUCUGGGUCCCUCUGCCCUCAAGCCCUCUACCAGGGCUUGGCCUGCUCUUUACUGCCUCCUGUGUUUGCUCAGAGGUGUCCCACAGCAAUGAGGGCCCCCAGGGGUGGGAAUGGGGGUGGGGGUCCCCUCUGGAACAGAGGCCUCCCCUGCCUGGCCCUUCUCCCCAGUCCCAAGGUGCUGGACCAUCUAGGUGGUACAGUGCCCUGAACUUCUCUUGAGACCAGGGCAGUAAGAUGUCCCAGAGGCUCCAGUCCCCUCCAGGUUUCAUCACAUCCUGGGCCUGGCCUGCUUUCCUGCUUCCCUGGAAAUGUUUCCCAAAGAGCUCUCUCAAUAAACCACU